UAAAACAUAAAGUAAACCAAGUUGAUGGAGUCAAAAGUUUAGUCGCAGAUUCGAUUAAUGAAACAAACCAUCGCUGCAAGCAAACCUAAAUGCUUUAUUCCGACUGACUGACUGACUCGUGUAUGAUCCCAUCGGCAGCCAUGUGGCCUGAAAAUAGGUGUCCUUACUCCUUCCGGACGGACACGUGUCCUCUUUCUGAUUAUCACUCUCCUUCUCUCUACUUUGCUAUUUUGCAUCCCUUCUUCAAUCCCACAACACCGACCGUCACCCUCUGCUGCAAAUAUGGUGAGUUCCUAUAAUAAAAUCGGAAAUAUGUUGUUCCGGAAUGUUCCAAGUCUUUCUAGGACCAUUUUCUCCAGUGCGAGCCCCGAGCCAUUUAGGCAUGAAAAACGCUCGAAAAAGGUAGAUGAUGCUUCGGGACUUGAACGUGGUUUUAGUAUGUUGGAUGCAGAGUUCUUCAAUGACAGUAAGAUGCUCGAGAUCGAGAAGGGUGCGAAAGAGCUCACUAUUCCUAUAAUUAAAGACAACAGGAAAAUAGUGGCUACUACAAAUGGUGGAUUAAAGCACCCAUCUCCGUUAGUUUUCAAUUCCGAAUGGAAACACGAAGAAAUACACGAUGACGUCAAUCGAUUUAAUUACCCUUCGGUUUCCGGUGUUACAAGGCCUGAAAAUGAAGAAGAUAUUGCCUUCAUGACUAUUCUUGAACUCGGACAUCUUAUAAGAACGAAAAAAAUUUCCUCUGAGGAGCUUGUCGGGAUCUUUCUAAAGAGGAUAAAAAGAUACAAUCCAGUAUUGGAAGCGGUGAUCACCAUUACCGAGGAUCUUGCCUACAAGCAGGCGAAACAAGCUGAUCAACUACUCGCACAAGGAGUCGACUUAGGCCCGCUUCAUGGGAUACCGUAUGGGCUAAAGGAUAUAAUUGCGGUUCCCGAGUAUAAAACUACUUGGGGUUCAACUACUUUUAAAGAUCAAGUUCUUGACAUCGAGGCUUGGGUUUACAAGAGGUUGAAGUCUGCAGGGGCGGUUCUUGUCGGGAAACUGGUUACAGGGUCUCUGGCAUACGACGAUAUUUGGUUCGGUGGUCGAACCAGAAACCCAUGGAACAUUGAGGAGUUCACCACCGGUUCAUCAGCAGGGCCAGCUGCCUGCACCUCAGCUGGUAUGGUUCCUUUUGCAAUUGGGUCUGAGACGGCUGGUUCGAUAACUUACCCUUCUGCGCGGUGCGGCGUGACUGCAUUGCGGCCAACUUUUGGUGCUGUUGGUCGAACCGGUGUGCUGAGCUUGUCCGAGAGCCUGGACAAACUUGGUCCUUUAUGUAGAAGUGCUGUUGAUUGCGCAAUUGUUCUAGACGUUAUCCGGGGUAAAGAUCCCGACGACCUUUCUUCAAGAAAAAUCUUUCUCGACGACCCGUUUUCUGUAGACAUUACAAAGCUUACGGUUGGCUAUAUUGAGGAUGCCGAGAUGGAGGUUGUUGAUGUGCUUAGAUCAAAGGGUGUUAAAAUGGUACCGUUUACGCUUAAUUACACCGUCGAGUCGGUUCAAGGGAUCUUAAAUUUCACUAUGGAUGUUGAUAUGCUAGCUCAUUUCGACACUUGGCAACGAUCUGGACAAGAUGAUGAGUUCGAGGCCCAAGAUCAAUGGCCCACAGAGCUUCGUCGGGCCCGUGUAAUACCAGCUGUAGAUUAUAUACAGUCGCAAAGAGCACGGGGAAAGCUAAUACAAGAAGUUAAGGAGGGUUUUACGGUCGAUGCGUUUGUGGGAAAUGUUACUGAUUGGGAAAAGGUUUGUGUCGGUAAUCUAGUUGGGAUGCCGGUAAUGGUUGUUCCUGUUGGUUUUGAGAAAAUUAAGGAUCCACCCACCAAUGCAACUCGACGAAGAAGUACGGUGACGACUGGCAUUUACGCUCCUCCCGAUCAUGAUCACAUUGCACUAGCAUUGACGAUGGCGUACCAAAGUGUCACCGAUCAUCAUAAACAACGACCGCCUAUUGACAAUCUUGGCCCGGAUGAUGCAAUCCCAAAUCCACCUAAGGCGUUGAUUCCUCCGAGGAUUCUUAAAGGUUAAACCAUCAUGGUUUACCUACCCGCAUUGCGGGAAAAGCAACAGGCGUUGAAUUGAUUCUUUUUGUGCUCGUGGCGGUAGGUGGACGAGUUUUGUUGCUACAUUUCCGUUUCGAAGUUGGUUCCAUUGUAUGUUGUGCAUGCAUUGUAGCGGUACUUGUGUAAUACCUUGAACGCUAUCCCUGUUCUCGUUUCUGUAUAUGCAAUCUUAUUGUUGUACUGCAAACUUACUGUCA